CAGUCAGUCAGUAAGUCAGUCAGUCAGUCAGUUGGUUUUAUGUGGAGAGGAGCUGGUUCCGUGCAGAUUUUAUGUUUGGGUUGGAUUGAGUCAAGUGAUCGCUGGACUCAUGAACAAGCCAGUAAUGUCGGGUGCUCCGGCCUGUCUAAAUACGACUCAAGUGUCGGCUGGCACCAGGCAGGCGAUGCUAGAGGGACUAGUGGCGGUGUCACAGAGACCUGCUCGGUUAGAGGAGAUUCAAUCAUUUCACGUUCUUCAUUCUCCCAGAAUACACGGAAGUGCCGCUCUACUGCUGCAGUACGACCACGUGUGCCGCAGACAGAACCAGUACCUGCACGAGCUCAAAGAACUGAGACAGCAGUUCUUGGACUGUUCUCCAGUGGACAAGCACGGACCACGUGACAAGAGACAGCACCCGAAAGAUUGGAUCUGGCGACCUGUCGGGCUGGCAGAUACUGACACAGAUACUAAGUUUCCCCAUAGGGCUUGCAUUCUCCAUCCCAGAAUUCCCAGUACCGGAAGCAGACAUUGUGUUCAGCCACGCCCACAAUUAAGUGUCGCCAAGGUUAGUAAAGCUGGCUCGACAAGUCAACCAAUCAAAAGUCAGCCAAUCAAAAGUCAGCCAAUCAAAAGUCAGUCAACCGAAGACUUGCCAAUCAAAACAAUUGCUUGCUCUUCCAAUGACGGCGUAAAGUGCAGCCAACCGAUCAAGGUGCCCACAAUAGACCUUGAUCGCAAUCAGACGGAUUAUGAGCCAAUUGAAUUCAUCGCUAAACGUCAUAAUUUAAACCUGAACAAAUAUCUCCAGCAAGAAACAACAGAAAAUAAUGUUAUGAUAUAAUAGUAUCUAAGGUGAAGCAGUGGCGUAGGCAGGGGGGGUUAGGGGGG